AUGCUGGAUGAGGGAGGGCCGACGAAAUGGCGGCGGCGGCGGCUGAUCGAGGCACGUCUAUGGGCAAGAAGGAAUCCAUGCUUCUCUUGUAUCCUCUUCGCACUCUUCCUCGUCGCGCUCUUGGCGCUAUGCUGGAAUGCAAGGUCAUGCCUUGGAGCGGUAACGAAAUCCCUGGGACCAGUGAUAGAGAAGCUUUUCCCAGAGGAUCAGCAGGAAAUUAUGAACGAGAGGAUCAAGCGGAAGGCAAGGAACCAUCAGGUGUCCAUCAUGGACAUCGAGGAAGUUGCUAGCCAGCCGCCAGACUCGCACCAACCCAUUGUAGAGAUUCAACCUGACCCCGAGAACCUCUGCAUUGCCUGGAGGGCUACCAAGGACUGCGACUCCCAUGGCGAUCCUGACCCAAGACAAGAUCGCUCUUGCCAUGAAGGGAUUGAUCCCUGGCAGUCUGGGUUCUGCGAGUGCGUGGAUGAGGGAGGAAACAAACAGAAGGUUACGUUUGACUGUAGCAGAGAUGAUCAGGAUUUGAGGGAGUCGUUCACAUGCUCGCAUGUCUGCCUGUCCACUAUCCUCGUGAACAAGAAGAGGAGUCAGAAGCUCUCGAGAGCUGAGAUGCUGAAGCUCGAGCGAGCUGCGGAGGAGGAGGGGGUCAGGAAGCAGGAGGCUGCCAAACGUCUUCACAAAGAGAAGCAAAGGCUGGAGGACGAGGAGGAGACGAGGAGGAAGAGGACGAUGGAGCUUGAAGCUGAUGAACUGCUGCUUGACGUGCAUUCACUGAUCGAGGAGCGAAAGUUCAAGGAGGCGAACAAGCUGCUGGAGAAGGCAAAGGGCAUCUACGUGGAGGUAGGGGUGAUCGAGCUAACGGACGAAUGGAACCUGUUGAAUCUCUACUCGAAACCCAACGCAACGAGGAAGGAGCUAGUGAUCAGCGGGAUAGCUGAUCAGCUGCGGCAGGCGAUGGAGACGUACAAGAGUGAGGAUGGGGAGGAUGAGGUCAGCGAUGACGAGAGGGAGAGGCAGGAGAGGUUCCGAGCUGCCAGACUCCAAGCGAUCGAGGCGGCCAAGAAGAAGAUCGAGCAGAUCGAGGAACAGAAUGCUCGUUUGAAGCUUUCCCCCGAGCAGUUGAGGCAGAGAGGCAUCAUGGAGAGGUUCCAGCGGCGGGAGGAGGAGAGGAAGAUGAGGGAGGCAAUGGCAGCGCAGGAUCGGGUUGGGAAGGAGGAAUUGGAGGGGUUGGAAGCGGAGAAGAAAUUCCAUGAGUACUUGAAAGCGAAGCAUCUGAACCCUGAGGCUGGAGAGCAAGGGAGAGGAGAGAAGGAUAUGGAAGGAGAGGAUAAGGCGCAGGCGUCGCAGGAGCCCCAUUCGCCUCCAACCAAGGAGGAAGAGCGAAAAGAUUUUACCGACAAGGGCCAGCAGGAAGAGGGGGCAAAGAGUGCGGCAGAGGAGAAGGGGCAGGCGGCAGAGGAGAAGGGGGAGAAGGGACAGGAACAUCUAGGCGUCGAGGGGUUGAAGGACGUGCUCAAGAACUAUGGGCUGGAAGACUAUGAGGCAAAGAUCUUGGAUCUCGGAGUUGAGACUGUGGAGGAUUUGAAAUACCUUGACGAGGAAAUGAUUGAGAAGAUUAGCGAGAAGCCAAUUCACAGGAACAAGCUGAAAAAAAUCUUGAUGUCUUUUCGAAAUGGAUGA